AUGGAGAAACCGGCAUAUGCUCGAUUAGGCUCCCAGCAGUCGUCGCCAACGACAGUGCGAAAUUGGCCAUGGAAACUGAUUUUGUAUCCGGCCACUAUAUGUGGCCUGAUUUUCCUGGUUUUCUUGGUACAAAUUUCAACGCCAAACCCUCUACAAGGCUUGGUCCCGUCGAAGGCCUAUACUGACCAGAUACUCCCAACGACAAAUGAUCCGGAUACAGCGCGUCCAGUGAUCGAGCUUCAUCCGGAAAGCCAUGUGUACCGUGAUCCUGUAACACAACAUCUCGACUGGGAGGUGACUGCGGACCACUUACGCCCGGAUGGGGUAUUGAAACGGGUUUAUCUGGUUAAUGGUCUCUUCCCUGGUCCGACAAUUGAGGCACGUUCUGGUGACCGUCUUGUAAUCAAUGUCACCAAUUCUCUGGAGGAUGAGUCGAUUUCUAUCCACUGGCAUGGUUUACACGCUGAGAAUUCCAUGGAUGGAGCGGUUGGAGUGACACAACAUCCCAUUCUCCCGGGGUCCACGUUCACCUACAACUUCACCAUUCCGGCUGAUCAAAGUGGGACAUUCUGGUACCACGCCCAUUCCGGUCUCAUCAGAGCAGAUGGACUAUAUGGGGGGCUUAUUGUGCACGCUCCCUCUCCUAAAGCCACCGUCCGGGGGCUUUUGGCCCGUGCAGACGACAAUGGGCAUGACGGCUACAGCAGGGAUAUCCUUCUCCUGGUCGGGGAUUGGUAUCAUCGAUCAGCGGAUCAGGUUUACUCUUGGUACAUGCGUGCCGGGUCAUUUGGAAACGAGCCAGUCCCAGAUUCACUACUAAUCAACGGGAAAGGUCGAUUCGAUUGCUCCAUGGCCGUCCCUGCACGGCCUGUGGACUGCAUCAAUCAACAGAUGAAUUUAUCGUAUCUGGAUGCAAACAGUGAUGCUACGUACAGAGUCCGCAUAGUUAACACAGGCUCUGUGGCAGGCUUCACUUUAGGGUUCCAGAACAGGGACUUUACGCUCAUUCAAGUGGACAACAUUGAUGUCGAGCGACAAGACUCCAAUUCCGCUGGCAUACUGUACCCAGGCCAACGCAUGGAUAUGAUCCUCCGUCCAAAUAAUAACUCUCCGAGCUCAGUGACAAUUAGUCUAGAUAAUGAAUACCCCAAUCCAGCUCUGUCAUCUGUUCAGACUUUCACAAUAUCGGAAUCAGCCAACUACUCGUCCCCUAACACUUCUUCGAAAUACAACUCCAUAUCCCUCUCCGACGUCGCCACCAAAAGAUCCCUUCUCUCGGUUCUUCCAGAAAAAGCCCACCAGACCCACGUGGUGUAUACCAAAAUCGAGAAGCUCUCCAGAAACCACAACAUCCCCUAUGGAUUCUUCAAUCGCACCUCAUGGAAGACUCCAACCGGGACACCACUCAUCGAUCUCCCCCGCGAACAAUGGGAUGACAACCAGCUCGUGAUAUCCACAGGGGCAAGCACUUCGCCACUUAAUGCCGACAAAGGUCUAUGGAUUGACCUAGUAGUCAACAAUCUAGACGAUAGUGGUCAUCCAUUCCACCUUCACGGCCACCACUUCUACAUCCUCACCACGUACAAAGCACCCAUAGGCUGGGGCGCCUAUAACCCAUUCACAGAUGCCAGUCCUCCGGGUCUAGCACCGCAGACCGCUAUCUCGGCAAAGAUAAACACCCCCUACGACCUCUCCCGCGCCCAGUUACGAGAUACAGUCUACAUCCCUAGCCGCGGCUACGCAGUCUUGCGUUUCCGGGCAGAUAACCCAGGGAUAUGGUUAUUCCACUGUCAUAUUAUCUGGCAUCAAGCAAGCGGAAUGGCGAUGCUACUACAGAUAGACUAA